AUGGUCGAGGUCGAACCGACCGACGAGGCAAUUUACCUAAUUGAAAUUAACGAGCUUGUUAAAGACUUCCUCAGGCAGAAUGUAAAAGGCAAGCUUGUUAACUGUUGGAUAACGGGAAGGGCUGCCUUGAAUCUCGAGACUUCGACUGGAAUUCCAAUUCAAAUACCAGACGGGACAGCCUACGACGACAUAAAGCAAGCAAAGAAAGAAGCUCUUCUCAAGUUCUUUGCCAAGCGUCCUUGGAUACAACUUCCAACCAGAGAGAACCCUUUCCCAAGAAUGAGCCAAAUUCUCAAGGGUCUCCUUCACUUCUCGGGUCAGCCGUUCUACAUAACCUGUGAAGGCGACAUCCAACCAGUUCAGUAA